AUGGAGCGCGAGGAUGCCCAGGCGGAAAGUAUCCGUGUGCUUUCGAGCGACCCGGAGAGGAAAGAGGAGAAGCCUCAAGAGGUGCCGAACACCAAGGACACGAAAAGUAGCGAUCUAAGUGCCGAGGAUGAGCAGCUCAAGACCGAGCUCGAGAUGCUCGUCGAGCGCCUCUCGGAGGGCGACAAAGGGCUGUACCGCCCUGCGCUCGAGUCGCUGCAGACGCUCAUUCGCACGAGCACGUCGUCGAUGACGUCUGUGCCGAAGCCGCUCAAGUUCCUGCGCCCCCACUACCCCCAGCUCAAGGACCUGUACGAAAAGUGGCAGGACGCGAGCGCGGACAAGGCGCUCUAUGCAGAGAUCCUGAGUGUGCUCGCAAUGACCUACUCCAACACGGGCGACCACGAGACGCUCAAGUUCCGCCUCGCGGCCGAUUCGAUGCGCGCGUCGACCACCGCCGAGGACCUCGGGCACUGGGGCCACGAGUACGUGCGCCACCUCUCGACCGAGCUCGGCGAGGAGUACAAUGCACGCUCUGAAAAAGAGGAGGAUACCACGGAGCUGCUGCGGCUUGCGCUGCUCGUCGUCGACUUUUCGCUGCACCACAAUGCCGAGGUGGACGCGGUGGACCUCUUGCUCGAGCUCGAGGCGGUGGAGCAGCUGCCGCAGUUUGUCGACAAGGACACGUUUGAGCGUGUGUGCCUGUAUUUGGUGAGCUGCGUGAACUUGCUGGUGCCGCCGGACGACGUGCUGUUCCUGCGCACCGCGCACGAAAUCUACAUCAAGCACCAGCGCUACUUUGAGGCGCUCGUCCUCGCCGUCCGCCUCGCGGACCGCACCCUGAUCCGCGCCGACUUUGAGGCGCCGACCAACCCCGUGAUGCGCAAGCAGAUGGCCUUCCUCCUCGCGCGGCAGCAGAUCCCGGUCGAGUGGCUCGAGGACGACGAGCACAAGAUCGAGGACCAGGAGCUGCUCGACUGCCUGUACAACAAGCGCCUGAACGAGUACUUUGUCGACUUUGGCAAGGAGCUCUCGGUGUACGACGCCAAGAGCACCGACGACGUGUACAAGGCGCACCUUGAAAACUCGCGCCCGUCGCUCUCGACGAGCGUCGACUCGGCGCGCGGCAACCUCGCCAACGUGUUUGUGAAUGCGUUUGUCAACGCGGGCUUUAGCAACGAUCCUCUGCUCGCGCGUGCGGAAGAGGGCAACAGCUACGUGUACAAGACCAAGGACCACGGCAUGCUCUCGGCCGCCGCGUCGAUCGGCCUCUCGUUUUUGUGGGACACGGACAAUGGCCUGGCGGAGAUCGACAAGUUUAGCUACUCUUCCGACGAGAACGUCAAGGCCGGCGCGCUGCUUGCGUGUGGUCUUCUGCACGCGGGCGUGCGCACCGAGAUGGACGCGCCGCUGGCGCUCCUUUCGGAGCACCUCGAGAGCAAGAGCGUGCCGCUGCUCACCUCGACGGUCGUCGGCCUGGGUCUCGCGUACGCGGGCGCGUGCCGCGAGGACGUGAUGGAGCUCCUCCUGCCCGUGCUCCAGGACGAGUCGCAGCCGAUGCAGGUCGCCUCGCUCGCCGCGCUCUCACUCGGCCUGAUCUUUGUGGGGCAGGCCGAAGGCGAGAUCGUCUCGAGCAUCCUGCAGACGAUGAUGGAGCGCGACCCGGCGCAGCUCGACGAAAAGUGGGCGCGUUUCAUGGCGCUGGGCCUUGCACUGCUCUUUGUCGGCCAGCAGGAGAAUAGCGACGCGACGAUCGAGACGCUCAAGGCGAUCGAGCACCCCCUCUCGCGCGAGGUGCAGAUCCUGGUCGACGCGUGCAGCUACGCGGGCACCGGCAACGUGCUCAAGAUCCAGACGCUCUUGCACUACUGUGCCGAGCACGUCACGCCGGAAAAGAAGGACGACGACGAGGAGAAGAAGGACGAAGAGAAGGACGAAAAGGACGAGAAGGACGAAAAAGACCCCUCCGACCUCUUCCAGGCCUUCUCGGUGCUCGCCAUUGCGCUCAUCGCGAUGGGCGAGGACGUGGGCGCAGAGAUGACCUUGCGCCACAUGUCGCACCUGAUGCACUACGGCGACCCCGUCAUCCGCCGCACGGUGCCGCUGGCCCUCGCACUGCUCAACCCGUCGAACCCGGCGAUCCCGGUGCUGGACACGCUCAGCAAGCACUCGCACGACUCCGACUUGGACGUCGCGCUGAACGCGAUCCUCGCGAUGGGCAUCGUCGGCGCGGGCACGAACAAUGCGCGCCUCGCGCAGCGCCUGCGCCAGCUCGCGAGCUACUACUACAAGGAGCCCGACUGUCUGUUUGUCGUGCGCGUCGCCCAGGGCCUCGUGCACAUGGGCAAGGGCGUGCUCGGCAUCGAUCCCUACCACACCGACCGCCUGCUCUUUAGCCGCACGGCGGUCGCGGGCCUGCUGGCGACGCUCGUUGCGUUUACCGAUGCGCGCGGCUUUGUGCUCGACCGCUCGCACUGGAUGCUCUUUUACCUCGUGUCGGCGAUGCGCCCCCGCUUCCUCAUCACGCUCAACGAGGACCUGGAGAAGCUCCCGGUGUCGGUGCGUGUCGGCAAGGCGGUCGACGUCGUGGGCCAGGCAGGCAGGCCCCGCACCAUCUCGGGCUUCCAGACGCAUACGACGCCGGUGCGCCUCGGCAGCCGCGAGCGCGGCGUGCUCGGCACGGAAGAGUACCUUUCCUACACGCCGAUCCUCGAAAACGUCGCGAUUCUCCGCAAGAAUCCCGGGAACGAGGAGGAAUAG